AUGGUCGACGGCGAAGUUGAAAUCCUUCGCGGCUACGAGCUCCGUCUCCUCCGUUGCACCUUCUCUUUACCACCACCGUCAGAUCCUCCUCUCGAUGAAUCCCAAUCUGGUAUUCAUCCACACGAGACUCUUAUAAGCUCCCUUCUGUCUUCAAUCGAGGCUGGAGACUAUCUUGGAGCUUUAGCCUCCGACGCUACCAAGCUAAUACUAGGCGAUUCUGAGUUCGAACUGGUUGAUACAGUUGAUUCCGCCGAGAGAUUUUACUCGGAGCUUCUGGACAAAGUCGAAUCGUUCGUGGUGAACGAUUCUGCUGAUGAAGUCGAUAAGGCUCGCCGUGCUGUUUUGUUGAUGUGCUUAGCAAUCGCAUCUGCUUUUUGUUCUACAGAAGGAACAACAAAAUGUUCAGUACCGUUUAAAGUAUCAGAAACUAAGGAUUUGGUUGAGUGGGAGAAUUGGGCUAAGAUUCAGCUCAUGUCUGUAGGUUCCGACUUGCUCGGGAAGUUUUCAAAUCUCCAGCAUUUAGUUUUUGCUAGAUUGCUGCUGUUAAAGUUGAAAGAUUUGUUGUUUGCGACAACUGCAACUAAAACUUUUGAAGUUAGGAGUAUUUCAUGGUGGCUUGUCAGAGUUUUACUUAUUCAUCAAAGAGUUCUACACGAGCAAUCUUCAUCUUUGUUUGAGAUGUUGCAAGUUUACAUGGCCGAAGCUCUAGACCAUUUUGGUGCACUGGAAAAAGUUAAAAGCUAUUGGGCUACCAAGUUGCUAGAAGACGAAGCUUCAUCCAUCACGUCAACCAUCCAUCUGGAAGCAUGUGUACUGCAAUAUAUAUAUGGAAGAAUCGAUCCUUCUCGGAUAGUGACCAAUUACUUUGGUUUCGCCUUAUGGUUGCAGCUUGAAGCUGCUAAAUCAGCAGCAGGGAUCGAGUUCUCUGUUUCUGGGGCUCUUGGAUUCCGUACUAUUCACCAAGUAGAUCCAAAGGCACAGAUGGUAUUGAUAGCCAAUACUAACUCAUCAAAUGGAGACGUGAGGUUGGCCUCUGAGAAAGCUGAUGUUGGACCUUAUGAAGCUUGGGGAGGUGAAGCACCUGAAGUAUAUAUGACUCCCAAACUAGUGAACAACGAGAGUGAAGCUGGCAAGGAGUCUGUGCCCUUAAAACCUGUUGAACAGGCAUUGAUUUUGGCUCAGUGCCUUCUAAUUGAAAGGGGUAGUCGGCACGAUGAGAUGCAAAGAUGGGAUAUGGCUCCAUAUAUUGAGGCAAUUGAUUCUCAAAAGUCAACAUAUUUUGUUCUACGGUGUUUCUGUGACUUAUUACGUGUUCGAUGGGAAUCAACUCGAGGUCGUACAAAGGGACGCGCCCUGGAAAUGAUGGAUAAAUUGGUUGGAGCUAUUAACAAGAGCGAUCCUGGAGUAUCAAAUCGGAUCCCUUUAUGCUAUGCAGUCCAUCUUCCUACUAUUCCUGCGUUGAGAAAGGAAUACGGUGAGCUUCUGGUGAGUUGCGGUUUGGUUGGGGAAGCAAUCACAAUAUUUGAGAGACUGGAAUUGUGGGAUAAUCUAAUACACUGCUACUGCCUCCUUGGAAAGAAAUCAGCAGCUGUAGAUCUCAUCAAUGCACGGCUUCUGGAACGGCCAAAUGACCCAAGAUUAUGGUAA